GGUUGGGGAGGGGGGGUGGGGGGCGUCAGGCAGGUGGGGCGCGAAAGCUAUGAAUCUUCGGCUCUUCCUCGUCUUCCUCCGGGACCCGCUCUCCGCCUCCCGCUCCAACGCCCGGAUGAUCUGAGCCGCGAGGGCGCCGAGAGCCGGGGGCCCGGACGCAGCCCGGCUCCUCCCCUCCUCUGCCCCCUCCCCGGCCUGACCUGGCCGGCCACCGCCGCGGUGACCCUCUUCCCGCCCCCUCCCCGGCCGCCGUCGCCGCCGCCGCCUCGGCGGACCAGGGACCUGCCCGCCCUCUGCUGCUCCGGACCUAGAGGAUCAAGACAUAAUGGGAGCAUUUUUAGACAAACCAAAGAUGGAAAAACAUAAUGCCCAGGGGCAGGGUAAUGGGUUGCGAUAUGGGCUAAGCAGCAUGCAAGGCUGGCGAGUUGAAAUGGAGGACGCACAUACGGCUGUGAUCGGUUUGCCAAGUGGACUUGAAACAUGGUCAUUCUUUGCUGUGUAUGAUGGGCAUGCUGGUUCUCAGGUUGCCAAAUACUGCUGUGAGCAUUUGUUAGAUCACAUCACCAAUAACCAGGAUUUUAAAGGGUCUACAGGAGCACCUUCUGUGGAAAAUGUAAAGAAUGGAAUCAGAACAGGUUUUCUGGAGAUUGAUGAACAUAUGAGAGUUAUGUCAGAGAAGAAACAUGGUGCUGAUAGAAGUGGGUCAACAGCUGUGGGUGUCUUAAUUUCUCCUCAACAUACUUAUUUCAUUAACUGUGGAGACUCAAGAGGUUUACUUUGUAGGAACAGGAAAGUUUACUUCUUCACACAAGAUCACAAACCAAGUAAUCCGCUGGAAAAAGAACGAAUUCAGAAUGCAGGUGGUUCUGUAAUGAUUCAGCGUGUGAAUGGCUCUCUGGCUGUGUCGAGGGCCCUUGGGGACUUCGAUUACAAAUGUGUCCAUGGAAAAGGUCCUACAGAGCAGCUUGUGUCACCAGAGCCUGAAGUCCAUGAUAUUGAAAGAUCUGAAGAAGAUGAUCAGUUCAUUAUUCUUGCAUGUGAUGGUAUUUGGGAUGUCAUGGGAAAUGAAGAGCUCUGUGAUUUUGUAAGAUCCAGACUUGAAGUCACUGAUGACCUUGAGAAAGUUUGCAAUGAAGUAGUCGACACCUGUUUGUAUAAGGGAAGUCGAGACAACAUGAGUGUGAUAUUGAUCUGUUUUCCAAAUGCACCCAAAGUAUCGCCAGAAGCAGUGAAGAAGGAGGCAGAGUUGGACAAGUACCUGGAAAGCAGAGUAGAAGAAAUCAUAAAGAAGCAGGGGGAAGGCGUCCCUGACUUAGUCCAUGUGAUGCGUACAUUAGCGAGUGAGAACAUCCCCAGCCUCCCACCAGGGGGUGAAUUGGCAAGCAAGCGGAAUGUUAUUGAAGCCGUUUACAAUAGACUGAAUCCAUACAAAAAUGAUGACACUGACUCUACUUCAACUGAUGAUAUGUGGUGAAACUGCUCAUCUAGCCAUGGAGUUUACCUUCACCUCCAAAGGAGAGUACAGCUCAACUUCCUUGAACCUUUUAAACAUCCAUCUUCAACUUUAAAGAAGGGCAUGUAUGACAUGGGUGAGAGUGAUUACACGAGAGAACUUCAGCAGUACCACAGCUAGCCCAGAACUGAUUUUUUUUUUUUUUUGUAAAUUUGAGACUUAUGUAAACGUGAUUUCAAACCAUAAUUCAUGUUGUAAAUCAGACUCCAGCAAUUUUUGUUGUAUGAUUUUGUUUUUUGUAAAGUAUAAUUGUCCUUGUAUGAAAUGCUCAUAUUUAAUUAUGAACUGCUUUAAAUCACUAUCAAAGUUAUAAGAAAUGUUUGGCUUGUUGUGUGACGCAACAGAUAUAUAGCCCUUUCAAGUCAUGCUGUGUUUGGACUUGGGGUUGGGACAGGGAGAGCAGCAGCCAUGUCAGCUAGACGCUCAAUUGUGCACGUGAUUAUGGAGAAUUAUUCCAAAAUCUUACAAAGCUGAAUAUCCAGGGAGUUAAUUGAAAACUAGUUUGUUUUUGGCAGUGGGAUUGGCAUUGUCGAUAAAGCUGGUCCCUUCACUUAACUGUCUUUUAGGUUCUCUCCUUGUUGCCAUGAGUAUUACAGGUAAUACAGUAUAUUCAUAAGAAUAUCAAUCUUGGGGCUAAAAUGCCUUGAUUCUUUGCAUCUCUUUUACAAGUCCUUACAUUUAAUUACUAAUUGAUAAGCAGCAGCUUCCUACAAAUAGUAGGGGACUGCCACAUUUUUGCUAUCAUGAUUGGCUGGGCCUGCUGCUGUUCCUAGUAAGAUAUUCUGAAUUCCAUUUUAUCAAUAAAGCUUGAUUUAACAAACAAGAAAUUUAAUCAUGUAUGUGUAAUUCCUCCUUUACUCCGCCCUUAUUUUAAAGCACCAUACCAUUGUAAAUGAGAAUUUUUCUCAUGGGGAAAGAUGUUAGUCUCUUUUAAUUGGAAAAUACUGUAACUCAAGGCAUAAAUGGAACUGUUUCCCUUCCAUUAGAAAGACUAUAAAAGAUUUAAGUCUCUGUUGUUCCUUGAUCUAUUUUUAAAUGGGUUUCUUUCAGGCUGCUUAUUUUUUCAUUAAGAUGUGUUAUCAGCCUGAAUUUGCCUACUGUUUAGUUAAAAUAAUUGUCAAAGCUUGACAAUCUAACAAUCUAUCGUAGGGGUGUAUGUGUGUUUGUGAGUGUGUGUGUGUCUGUGAUUUUUAAUUAGCCCAUGUCUUUAGAAUCCAAGUAGUUAAGAUGUAUUUAGUGAUUUGAAAUAUAGCAUGUUGAUAAUAUUUAGCUGUCGGCCUUUAAAAAUAACUUUCAAAAGCUUAAAGAACUGUAGAUAUAAAAAUAACCUAAUUUAAUUUAGGCUUAAAUUCCUCUGAUUAAGCAUGUGAAAGUAAGUUUUAAAAUCUGUCACGUUGAAAAGACUCUACUGUUCUCUGCCCUUCUGUAAUUUUGUCUCUUUAGGUUGAAUAUUGUAUUUAAUCACCAUGUAAUUUAAUCAUUCAGUAAGCAGAUUCCCCACUAGAAAACUAUUAAAAUGUAAGAUAUAAAUACAACACUGAAUACAAAAUCAAAACUGUGUAUAAAAGGUAGUAUAAUUUUGUUAUAUUUGUUUUUUCCCUAACUUGGAAAUAUACGUAUUUGUAUAUAUAGCCUUAAAACUAAUGUAAAGUUAGGGGAGUAUUGGGAAAAGUAAUGUGAAAUAUCUCAGACUUAAGUAGUUAUAUACCAGCAAAAUCUUUUCGUUAUCCCUCUUAUUUGGGAGGUGAUUAAAUGUAACUUAAUUGUAUUUAAUUUAUAUCUUAAUCCGGCAUGAAGAAAAACAAGUACUAUUUAUAUUUAGAAAUUCAUAACAGUUGGAAUUACAGAACCAAUUCCAUACUUAACUUACAAAUAAAUGCUUAAUGUCUAAAUCUGUGGUAGAGUGCGAAGUAUGAUAAUGUUCUAAGAUAUGACUGUAAGCAUCUAAAUGUACAUUUAAUGAAUACCAGUGCUUCUAGUAUAGAUUACCAGUACUGAAAACUAAAUUCCUAUUAUAAUUCCUUAAUUUUUAAGUAGACUAAAGUUUUUAGUUCUGGAAAUUUCAAAAACUUGAACUGGAUUUUGAGAUGCAAAAUCUUAAAUCGUAAGUAAAAUAUGUGAUGGAAAGCUACAUUUCAAACCAUAGUAGCAUAUUUAGAGACUUUUUAAUUUGAGGGUCUUUAAAAAAGAGAAGGUUAAAAUAUUCCUCUGUUAAAAUGUUAAAAUUAUUAGUACUGAAAUUAGGCCUGGAAGUGAGAGAAAACUGUAUUAAGUGUGACCUAAGAAGACUAAAUCUUUUCCACAUGAGUCAACAUUGCCAUACUAGAUAGAAUUUUUAAUUAUAAAAAUACAGGAAAGAAGUAUACAUUAUAAUGGCAAACUGUGUGUGUUCUUGAUUCCUGGGGCUAAUGGUGGUGGUGGGGAACCAGCCACACUUUAAAAGGCACUUUUGCACCUCUCUUGUGCACUUCAUUUUUGUACCACUUAAAUUCUUGACCUCCCACCCCCUUUUGUGUGCUAAUUAGCAUCUCAGGGCAAUGCCUCAAUUUUUUGAUAUGUUGUAUGUUAUUUUCUUUGGAGGGAAAAAGUUCUUGUCUGAUGAUAACAUACUAUUCAAAUGUACUUUCAUUUAAAUGUUUUAACAGGAUGAACCCACUUUGCUGCUUUUAAUAGGAAAUUCAUUUUGUAUAGCAGAUUUUUGUUGCCCUAACAAUAAUUUCACUGAUCUCUUAUUGUUUUAGCAAGGUAAGCUCUCUUAAUUUCCACUUUCUUAGGGAAUAUACUUUUACAGGUAACAGAAACAGUUCUCAGUAUUAGCAUUAACUUUAAAAAAUCUAAGUGGUAUUUUUCUUAUUCAGCUUUAGAACCGUUUCAAACUUAUUUUUAAUUAUGAUGCAUUAACUUGUUUCUAGAGUUCUAUGCAAUUAGUGUACUGCUCCAGCCACUUUUUUUUUUUUACUAACUUCAUAAAAUUAAGAAAUUUGGAGUAAAGAAUAAAUCAACUAUGUAAUUCAAAUAAUCUGAAUUAUAGCAGUACUUUUAGUGAUCAUUUGACCAUAUAUUAAUCCAGCUAGUAACUCACCUUUUCUACAAAAUAUAUAAAGUGUUAAUUACAAAACACUGUUUUAGGGUAAGCACCUUGGAACUAUAAAGAAAUGAAUAGGUCCUUGCUCUCAAGGAGUUUACAUUUGAAUAGAAUUUAUAAUCUAAUGUAUGUUAAUAUUAUAACUGGAUCAACUCAUCCAAAAAAUAGUUACUGCUCACCUGCUGUCUGCCCGAUACUUUCCUGAACAAGGUGUGUCUCUGCCCUAAAGAACUCAUUUGCAGUUCCUUUAGUCACUUGAAAACUCUUUCUUCUGUUUUAUUCUUCUCAAAGUUAAAAAUCGAAUUCAAAAGAAAAUUUUGCUUUGCAUAAGAAUAAAAUUGGACUGAUGAGGCUCAAGUCUGUUCAGUAUGCUUGAUUGCCUUUCACAAAUGGCUUAUAUUCUUCCUGCUGACAGCAGCAAAUCAGAGAAAUAAGGUAAUGUAUUGAAUAUUUCUUAGAAUUCUCCAACCCUGGAAAUACUGGUGGAAUUUAAGGCAUUUAAAAACAUAUAUCUAGGACUUGCCUGGCGGUCCAGUGGUUAAGACUCUGCACUUCCAAUGCAGGGGACGCAGGUUCAAUCCCUGGUUGGGUAACUAAGAUCCCACAUGCUGCGUGGUGUGGACAAAAAAAAAAAAAAAAAAGUAAGAACAUGUAUCUAGCUAAAUUUAUCUUAUUUAACCAAAAGUGUGUAUUUUCUUGAAAAAACAAUGCCAAUGUUAAUAUCCAAUUUUAGCUAAGUGCUUACUGUGUUUUAAUUUUGUUAAAUAAUUUUACUGACCAUCUUUACUGGACAAAUUCAUAUGGAAAUUCAGUUUGCAGUUUCUGAAAGAACAGAUGAAACUGGUUACAGGGGUUUAUUUUGUUUUAAUUUUGAAUUUCAUGGUGUAUACUUUUAAUUCAUAAAGUUUGAAUGAGAGGUUUAAACCUUUAACGUUUUGAUUGCCAUUUGUACAGUAUUAUGUUAGGGUUUGGUAUUAGAAAAUAUUAUGUAAAUAUUUCAGUAUAUAAAUAUUUCUCAUUUGAGGUUUUUCUUCAAAGAAAACUUCUAGAGUUUCAUAUACUUUUGCUUACAAAUACUGCUGGUGAGUUGACCAUUUUUUAAUUAAGUGAUCUAGUCUUCUGAUUAAGUUUUUCUUUUAGGCGUUAGAAAGACUUCUUUAUACUUUAAAAUUUUAGAAGCUUAAUUUUACUUCUUUCUAUAACAUGCUAUGAAUUUGAGGUUGUAUUUGUUUUAAAUUUUAUAUACAGUACUUCAGAAUAUGCUUGAAAGAUUUAAGAAUACAUUUCUAAAUGUUAUGAGUAUAAUACUGUGUUGUUUUGUUGGUCAGAAUAGUUAAAUGUCAGUUAAGUGUCAGUUAUUACUAAUAGAAUGCUACACAGAGAUGAUGAAAGGCAUUUGGUUCCACUUAUGUUCCCUCUGACACAGAUUCUUUCCCUUUUUCCUGUUUUAUAUAUUUAGUGGCCUCUGCUCUCGUGUUUUCCUAAUUAUAUUACCAGCGGGUAGGAGUGUGCCAGUUAGAAACACUGAAAUGUAUUAAAAUUUAAAUUGUAGUCGACAACUUACACUUUUAUAAGAUGGGGGUGGGGGGGAAGGUUGUUUAACUUGAUGUAACAACAGAGUGACAUUUUUUCUCCCUUAUCCUGCAGGAAAUGUUGCUUCAUUUCCUCUACUACCCUCUUGGUGGCUUCUCUUUUUUCAAACCAAAACAGGCCAGUUCCAUUUUCUUGAGCAAGAAAGCUUAGUGCAUUACCUCACCAAGGCCAAUUAAUACUAUGUAAACCUGGGCCAAAAAUAGGAAAACGUGGGAAAUGAAGGGAUGGGAAGAUGCCAGUGAGGAGGACAGAGGAAGAUUACUCUUAAUUAUUUAAAAAGCCAUAGGAAGGUCUUCCUUGGACCUAGCUGUAUAUUAUUAAGAACUGUUGCAUCACAUAAACCAGUAAGAACCAGCCUUUGCUUCUGCAGAUAAUUUGAUUUUCCCAGCAAGGCAGAUAAUGAUAAAAAAUUACUCCAUCUCCAACAUAGAAACAACUGAGAAAAAUAAAUGCAAUGUUUCUUCACCACAAAACCCAAUCCUUCAGUUCUUUUCAUUGUUUCAAAAACCCAGUUUUCUAUAGUAGCUUUCUCGUUGAAUUAAAUGUUUAGAAAAAUUGUUUAGAAUUUUUUUUCUUUUUACGUUGUCCUGAUCCAGUAAAGGACAUUUAGUAACAUUUGCAUUUGUAUGGUACUAUUUGAAGUUAGAUUUGUGUAAGAGAUUGGGUAGCUGCAGAACCAAAUUAGUACUAUCUUAAUUAGGUAUAAUGAAUGGCACAAAUUCAUUGCAGCAAUGCUUCUUAACCUUUCAGGGUCACAGGCCCUUUGAGACUGAAUAAUCCUAGGAAUUUGGCACCCAGGAAAAUGCAUAUAAUGUACAUACCUCCCCAGAGUUUACAGUACUGCAGUGGUUCAUGGGCCACUGUAGUAUAGGUUAAGAUCCUAUACUACAGCAUAACAGAGCAUCAGCAUUUUUCCUUCAAAGCCCAUAAAAAAUAUUAACACAUCAAGGACGUCAAAAUAAUUUGAGUCUAUUUUAAGGAAUCGUUUUUUUUUUAAAGAUAGAGUAGGUAGAUGGGUGUCUAGGUAGAAUCUGAUAUUAAAAUAUCCUUUUUAAAAUUUGUAUCUUGGGGGGGAAAGAGAAUGAUUAGUAUUUGGACUAGUUUUGGAGGAUAACAUCAUUUCUAAAUUUGCCACUUUUGAAUCUCAACAAAAAAGAGGUAAAAUGGAAAUGUUCAUGGAACAUUUCUGACCUGCAUAGUAUAGAUUUAAUAUAUUCACAGACAGCACAUUUGACUUGUCAGAUCUCACUCAGGUUUUAAGAUUUUGAGCUUCCUGGUGUCAGAGUUUAUUAAAUGUUUAAUUCACUUCAAAUUAUGAGAGGAAUUAGGUGUUUACUGAUACAUAAUGUUAAAGUAGGAUCUAACAUACAGCCACCAAUGUACAGGACUGAGAUUUCUCUUAAACAUAACUACCAUGAAAAAAUUGAUUAGCUUGUUGCAUUUGUUGCCAAAAUUGGAUGUUCGGUUACAGCAUAUUUAAUUCCCAUUUGUGGGAAUUUUGAAAUGUAGAGACUGUUGCCUUACCUGGUUAGCCCUUAACUAAGUCAACAGCAUAUCUGCAGGAAAAUAUCUUAUUUAUAGUAAUAUGCCCGAAUACUGCUUGGUUUCACUCUUGAAAUGAUUUAUUUCAAUUAAUUUGUAUAAAUGUUAUGAGUGGAGAGAUCAUCUACAUGUUAAAAGCAUGUUGCACUAUAUAUCCAUUUUUCAAAAUCCAUACAUGUAAAACUAAUACAAUUACAGAAGUAUUUCCUAAACACAGUGUUUAACAAAAUUCUCCACAGUAAUUCACCUACUGUUUGCAGUUUAUGUGAUCAAAACUCUUAAAGAAAUUCCAUAAAUGUAUAUGUUGUAUUAUGUAUCAUUUCCUGGUCCAAAGAAAGUAUGUGAAUUCAGUUCUAACUUUAAGAAUGUACUUUUUGUUUUCAAGUGCACUGAAGAAAUUGCAUUCAACCUGUGAGUGGUUGCAGAUUGUAUGAAAUGAAAAGCAGAAAUAAUUCUAGCUUGCAAAACUGGUGCCACUAAAUAAACAGGCAAUUGCAUAA